GAUAUAUGGGGUAAAAUAUAGGGUUAUCUAGGUAUAUCGACUACUGUAUUGGGUUAGCUAGCUUGGAUUGCCCAAUACUCAAUACUUUCUUUUUACUUGUAUCUAGGUAUAUUGGGUAUUGGAUUGGGUUAUCUAGUUCUGGAUCUGUUGCUAGUCGUUGUUGUCGUUGGUUUAUAUUUAUUAUUCAAACAUCUUUGGGAACAAACAACAACUACAACUACACCACUACCUGCUGCAAAUGAAUUUAAAAUUAUACAAAUGGAAGAAAUAAAAGUUGACGAGGAAGAUGAAGACGAAGAUGAUGUGUGGACAUCGAAUGACUGA